AUGUCUCUCCCAUUCGUCAAGUCCAUUGAGGACUGCGGCGAGUAUGCCAAAACAGUCCAACCUUACAUUCCAGAGCUCUAUGCUCUUCCUCGACAGAUUCUUGACAACAUUGCCAGUCCUGAUGGGCUGAGGCAGAUCUAUGUUGAUACAAAUCCUCUCAUCUCAGGCUUUGCCAUUUCUAUUGCUCUCGGCUUUGUCUUCCUCGUUGUCUCCGAGAUCAACAGAAACUACUCUCAAGUUGAUCGAAUGUGGUCGAUUCUCCCAAACUUAUACGUCGUCCACCUCUCAGUCUGGGCGCGUCUCGCUGGUAUUCCUUCUUCACGCGUUGACCUUAUUGCUGCUGCUACAACCCUUUGGAGUUGCCGCUUGACAUAUAAUUACUGGCGUAAGGGGGGUUACAAUAAAGGAUCUGAAGAUUAUCGAUGGGCCAUUCUCCAGCAAUAUGUGCCCCGAUUUGUCUGGUUCCUCUUUAACGUCACCUUCAUUUCUUUCUACCAGAGCGUUCUGCUCUUCAGCUUCUCGUGCGUGCCUGCGUAUGCCAUUCUCUGUUCUACCAAGUUUGAGCAGGAUGUGACCUCUGCCGAUAUUGUCUUUGCUCUUAUCAUGGUUGGUCUCGUCUACAGCGAGUGGGUUAGCGAUGGUCAGCAGUGGGACUAUCACGCGGCCAAGCAUCAGUACCAGGCCGAGGCCAAGGUUCCCAAGCAGUUCAAGUACUCUCAAGCGGAGCUUGACCGUGGGUUCAACACUUCUGGUCUCUGGGCUUACAGCAGACAUCCCAACUUUGCUGCAGAGCAAAUGAUUUGCUACACUUUCACCGGCGCUGCUGCCUUGAUCCUCCUCUUCCAGGGUUCAACUUGGCUCACUGAGCUCAUCACAGCUGGCAAGUAUACUGAGUAUCCCUCAUACCAGGAACAGGUUGGCAUGUUUUUGCCCAAGUCCCUCACCCCCUACAAGACUCCUGGGCCAAAGGUCAUUCGGACUAGCGAUAUUGCUAAGAGGAUGGAGAAUAAGAAGCAAGCUUAA